CGAUACUGUAGGGCAUCUAGAAGCCACAGAGGCUAACAGCGAGAAAGUGGGCGACACAAUGCAGGAAAUGCAAAGGAAUAAUCACGGAGGGAAACAAGGUCAACAACUCGCGAAAUCGGAGCUUUCAGAAACUUUGCACUUACGAGGUCGUGAAUACCACAAGAGGUUUGGAGUUCAUGAACCCGAUAAACACGACAACAUUGAAGGCACCAUCAAUCACUGCCUAAAUUAACCAAUCAAAACACCGAAGGCUGCGAGCACUAGCCAAUCAGAGGGAGAAGAGGGCGGGUGUUGCCUUCACGUAUCUCAAACCGAUUUCUUCUUUCUUUAUAAUAUUGCUAGGAGCCGUCAUCUUCAUCACAUGGUGUCCUCCUGCAUCCACAUGGCUCGUGUCUUCGUCUAUGGCACCCUGAAACAGGGGCAGCCCAACUACUACCGCAUGUUUGACAGCGCCAAUGGUAAGGCAGAGUUCCUCGCCUCGGCCUGCACCGUCCAGAAAUACCCGCUAAUCAUCGCCAGCAAGUACAACAUCCCUUUCCUCCUCAACAUCCCAGGCCGGGGUCACCGAGUCCGAGGAGAGAUCUACAAAGUGGACGACAAGAUGCUGGAGUUCCUGGAUGACUUUGAAAGCGUUCCCAGCAUGUACCAGCGGACGCAGGUGCAGCUGGAGGUGGAGGAGUGGGUGGGGAAGACGGAGGGUGAGGAGAGGCCGGCGGCGGGGAGCAUCACGGAGGCGUUUGUGUACAACACGACGACGUACCAGCCCGAUUGGCCCUCACUGCCCAGCUACGAGAGCUAUGACUCAAAUGGAGAUCACGGGCUCCAGUACGCGAUCAGAGAAGGACGAGACUGAGAAGAAGGGCAAAUCCAGAGUAGAUAGCAAAUAUGAGUCACUAAGUUUUCCUGUCUUCUACCUCUAUACAAAUCAGCUUCCGUAUAUUGAAGAAAAUCACGCUUGAAUCGAUUAGUCGUCAAGUAUUUAAUUAAUCAACAACUACUAUUGAUAAUCGAUUAAUCAGUUUGAGUCUAAAUUCUCUGAUUCCAGCUUCUUAAAUGUGAAUAUAUUCUGGCUUCUUUCCUCCUCUGUGACAGUAAA